UUAUAUAUAAAUGGGUAACAAUUUACAAACUCUAGUAUUUAUCAUCUGAAAUUUUGACAUUGCGAUCAAGAAUCAUAUACGCGAUCUGUGCUUUCUGUCAGUUAAUGCUUUCUCUUUGUUAUUAGCAUUGGGCUUGUCCCGUUUAUCGCAAGUCUGAUUAUUUCCUUGCAUUUUAAUGAUAUCGAAACAAUUAAAUCUUGUACGAAAUUCAAUAAAGUCGGCUAACGAACGGGCAAUAAUCUUGUAAAAGAAACAUGGAUGAUGAUGAUCAGUUCCAACCAGGUUAUGACGUUGAUUCAUUUCCAAAGGAUUUUGGAUAUGCUCCCUUUGAUGGAGAAGCAGAAAUAUCUACGGAUCCUCUAGCUGGAGAACAAAAACCUAGGAUACUUUUAAUGGGUCUUAGAAGAAGUGGAAAAUCAUCUAUACAAAAAGUAGUCUUUCACAAAAUGUCACCAAAUGAAACAUUAUUCUUGGAAAGUACAAAUAAAGUUAUUAAAGAUGAUAUAAGUAAUUCUAGCUUUGUUCAGUUUCAAAUUUGGGAUUUCCCAGGACAAAUUGAUUUCUUUGAUCCUACUUUCGAUAGCGACAUGAUAUUUGGAGGAUGUGGCGCAUUGGUCUUUGUAAUUGAUGCACAGGAUGAUUAUAUGGAAGCUCUAAAUAAACUUCAUUUGACGGUUACAAAAGCAUAUAAAGUUAAUCAAGCAAUAAAAUUUGAAGUUUUCAUUCAUAAAGUUGAUGGACUAUCGGAUGAUUGUAAAAUGGAAACGCAAAGGGACAUACACACAAGGGCUAAUGACGAUUUAGCAGAUUCUGGAUGCGAUCAGAUACAUCUAAGUUUUCACUUGACAUCUAUAUAUGAUCACAGCAUAUUCGAAGCUUUUAGUAAAGUUGUUCAAAAGUUAAUACCACAAUUACCAACAUUAGAAAAUUUAUUGAAUAUUCUUAUAUCAAAUUCUGCAAUUGAGAAAGCAUUUCUAUUUGACGUUGUAUCCAAAAUUUAUAUAGCAACAGACAGUUCGCCCGUAGAUAUGCAAAGCUACGAACUUUGUUGCGAUAUGAUAGACGUAGUGAUCGAUGUCUCUUGCAUAUAUGGACUAAGAGAAGAUUUAGAGGCGGCAGCGUUUGAUAAUCAAAGUUCUAGUUUAAUUAAAUUAAAUAAUGGCACAAUUUUGUUUCUACGAGAAGUAAAUAAAUUUCUAGCAUUGGUUUGCAUUUUAAGAGAGGAUAAUUUUGACAGGCAAGGUGUUAUAGAUUAUAAUUUCUUAUGUUUCCGUAAAGCGAUACAACAAGUAUUUGAGUUGCGUAAUAAAGCAUUAGCUGCUACAAAUGUAAAUAAUCACUCUGGAUCGCCUGUUAGCAUUAAUGAAUCUUCAAAUUUGGCAGUAGUAUCGCAAAGUGGAAUGAUUGGACAAAAUGGUGCUGUACAACUUACACAAAGUUAACUAGAUCACUUUCAUUAAGAGCUUCACACAUAAAACUAAAGUAUAGAUCUUUUAACUUUAUUAAUUCUAUUUUAAUGAUCUACCAUUGUAUAUCUUAAAUCAUGUAUAAUUUUAUACAAACAGCAAAGAAUAUUCCACAAUAAUAUUAGUUGAAAU